AUGGCGAUAGACAGGUUGAAGAUGAUCUCUCCGACCAAGUGCACUUUGGAGAUCGCUUUCAGGAGGAUGGCACACAACGCUGAAUCUGAAGACGUCACUCAAAAGGCUGUGUUAAAAGAGACCCGAAGACAUUCAGCAAAUUGUGGUGAAGAUUUUGUGACGGUUGUUUUGCCUUCAGGUUUGCUUUCUGAGGUGAAGAUCUUUGACUUGUGGGGAAUGGAUUCUGUCCUGGAGGCCCCAAAGGCCUGUGGAUACUCUUUAACCAAGGAGCAGGAUCAGAAUGUCCUUCGUGUUAGCUACUCUGGCUGUCGAGUCACGGUUGAGGAGGGCAGUUAUACCAUGCGAGUCCUCUAUCGUGAUGACUCGGGGCAAGUCGAGGUCGCUACAGUUUCCUGCAAUGCCUUUUCCAGCCACACCCCUUCUAUGAAACCACGCCUCCUUCAGUCGGACCAGCCAUCAAAGCCAACCCCACCACACAGACAUGGGGGCUGCAUCAUUCCUAUGAGCCAGAGACUGGAAUGUACUGCUUCUGGAUCUGACCAGUGCCUGAGUAAAGGAUGCUGUAUAGAUGUGGAGAACGACACUUGUUACUACCCUAUGAAUGAAUGUACGGCUGAUGGGCAAUUUGUGUUUGCCAUUUCUUCUGAUGUCAUGACUGUGAACCCUACGAGUCUGGUUGUGGCAGAAAGGCAUGACUGCAAACCAGUCAAAGCCAACAAGAACUUUGUAAUUUAUAAAUUUGGAGUGACUGAAUGUGGAACACAUUGUUAUAACAUUGGAGAGACCACUAUAUACUUGGCUGAAUUGCAGACAGUUGCAAGAAAGCUUAACUUAAAGUAUGGUGUAAUCACCAGGGAUAAUUCCAUCAGGUUGAUGGUUGAGUGCCGCUACCCAAAAGGAAGCAUACCAAGAGGCAGUGCUGGAUACAUGGUAAUGAGUGCCAGCCAGCCAGCCCUAGUGAUGUCAGAGGGCCUGUUUGGAGUUCAGCUCAGAAUUGCAGAGGACAAGACCUUCUCCAGAUUCUUUCCUCAUGAUCAUCAGCCCUUGAGGGUUCUCCUGGGCCAGUCGGUGUACCUGGAGGUACGAAUAAAUUCACCAAACCCCAAGGCCACUCUGCUAAUUCACUAUUGUGUGGCUUAUCCUCGCUCUGCAAAAAACGCCUUGGUUCUGCUACAUGAUGGUUGCCCCAACCUUCUGGACUCUGAGAACACCUCAGUCCUCUAUAUGGCAGACCUGCCCCAAAAUCGACAUAAACGUCGUUUUGAAGUGAGAGCCUUCCAGUUCAUGAAACAGUCCACCAAUAAAUACCUCAAUGAGGAGAUCUAUUUCAUGUGCUCAACUGAGGUGUGUAUGCCGUCCAAGACUCCAUGCAAAGAAACGUGCUUUGAUGGGAAGGUGGGUGUGUCUAUGCAGUAG